UUCCAAAGAAAGACGAGGGAUUUUAUAAACUAUUGCGUAUGCAUCUGAUAUAUAUACUAAUUUAUACUCCUGAAACGGUUUCUAAAUAUAGUUUGGUGUUAGUUAUCCGGCUAAUUAAACAAAUAAAGUGGAUAUAUUGACAAAAUUCUAACCUUACCCAUAAUGCUUUGCAACAUCUCAUCCGAACAAACCGUUGUAAAUAGCGAGUGCAGCUAACCUAGCUAUUUGUCCUGGGAAUAUUCAGUAUUUUGCCGUCACGUUUUGUUCUUAUCUUAUAUGUAACUGGAGAGGUUUAGUUAGCAUUGUAUGUGCAUGCAUCAUUUCCCACUUUAUCUCUUCAUAUGCGACUAACCUUGCCUGUUCGCAGAUAGCCAAAAGCUAGCUCAAUGCUAACCUUGUUCUGAGUGUUAGCUGGCUAAGCUAACUGUGUUCGAGAGCUUUACUUUUUCCUCUGCUUUCCAUCGUUUUUGUUGCUCUCACGAUGGAGGACGAAACCUUCACUGAUAUUAAUGGCAAAGCCAUUUCUCUGGACUGUCGGAGUCACUCCAGCCUGUGCAGGGAGUUCACUGUCAGCGUCCCCAAAGUGUCCAUCGGUAAGGUGUUGGUGUUCACCUGCUCUGUUUGGCUUUUGGCAUACGCCGUGUUCUUCUUCACAGAGAACACCGCUGUUCUGUCCAGUGCCAUAUUCGUCACCCUAGUUGGCAUGAUGCUUUACAUCCACUUUGUGAAGGUAGACCACGAGUCCCUGAUUGUCAUCCACUCCUUGGGCAUACAGCUGUCCUCCAGCUUCGCCUCAGGCCGUGAGACCACCUCGUUCAUCGAGAUGAGCAAGAUCAAGGAUAUCGUCAUCAAUGAAGCUAUUUAUAUGCAUCAAAUCAUCUACUACCUAUGUGUGCUGUUGAAGGACCCAUCAGAACCUGAUGCAGUGUCGAGUGUUGUGCCUUUGUUUCAGAGUUCAAAGCCAAGGCUGAACUGCUUGGUGAAAGUUUACAAAAGCUGUCAGGAGAUUCUUUCAAAGUGCUGAUGACACACAACUCAUACAUACGUAAUGUUUUUCUAGCCAUGCAGUAUGGUUUUAAUAUUUCUUUGUUCAAUUAAUUUAAUUUUAGUAGAUAGAAGCAGAAAGCUGGUAGUUUUUCUUGAUUUGAUAUACAGUGAAUUUUUCACAAUUUUCCUCCUUUUCUAACCUGUAUCAAUGUGAAUGUAAUCUGUUGAAUACAAAAUCAAGUUUAGCCAUGUUUUAAACACCAAUAUUAAUUUAAUAAUAACUUUAUGUUGUACUUUGUUGUGUAGUUACUUGAAUAGCACUGGUGUUAGACUACUUAAACCUAAAGAGCCAGACCGUCUGGCAUCGACUUAUUUAUACAUUUAGAUUUUAAUUUACUAUUUAUGCCAAUGUCUGUAUUGUGCAAGCAUUCCCACACUGUAUUUUUGAUAAAAAUAAAUUUGUUAUAACAUAAAACAAUCAAUAUUGUUCCUAAAUUAUUUGCUAUCACUGGUAGAUGCCGUAAGCUUUGGUUUAAUGUUUUUGGGGAGCUUUAUUUUCCUUCCCCAGUAGGGGGCAGCACCACACUUACUCAAGCUCAUAUAUUGGAAAUUUGAUUCAUGAAUCAGAAGAAACCUGUUUUUUUUGCCCCU